GUGACAAGGUCUCCCAGCAUCAUAUAAACCAGACUUCCCCCAGUUGUUCCCCUUCUGUAAGUGACUAGAAAUCACCACAUCACCUUCCUCGACACGACACACUUGCGUUACAAUGGCAAACCAAGUUUCUUUACUGUCUUACUUGCAAGUUGCCCUACCAGCCAUUCCGAUAGGCCUCAAUGCAAACCCGGGUCGCAACACGACGAACUCAGAAUACGAGGCCAGUGACAUCAAAAGCACUGCAGCCUGGCCAGAAUUCAACUUGAACACCAUCCUUCAACAAUACCAGCAUAUCCUUCAGCAGUGUCGCCUGCCUGGGGAUUUUAUACCUACCUCUCGCCCGCGAGCGAUCACGGCGGAAAAUGCCCUGCGAAGUAAAAUCUCAGAAUAUGUGAUACCGAAGAUACGGCGCAGCCUCCGAGUGGGUUUUGCCGGCUUAGCUGCAUUCAACCAAAUGAACGGCAUAACAACUGUCUCCUUUGAUGUCGGAGAGCAGGCACAGAGGUACGGUGCUACAGGCGACCUCUGCAUCACUAGGAUAUCACAUUGAAUUGUCUGAUGAACCCGAUGCCAUCGGGGAACACACCGGUCCUUGCGGUCCGGUCACGUCACGUGAUCUCGUGAUAAUCCUACGCGAGUUGGCCGAGCCUCCCUCCCUUGCUUGCUGCCACCGGCGGCAAAUCCCAGGGAUCGAGCCUCCUGUUAUCCAGACCUGUACACUCGGACUUCAACCGUCUAGCGUACGGAAACAUGGAGUUCGAUGAUGUU